ACCUCAGCUGCAGCGUCAUGUCUAGCACAAAUUUCAUUGAUUUUGUGAACACCAACACCACGUGCGGUAUGGACGCGUGCUUCACGGCUUUUGACAAAAACUGUGAUAAUAAACUGGAUUUAGAAGAAUUUAGGAUACUCUGCCAGGCUUUAUUUAGAAAUAAUAAGGGCGAAACUUAUGAACUGAAGGAAAAUGAAUUAAGAGAUGUUUUUCGUAUAUUCGACGUCAAUACUGAUCAAUAUAUUGAUAGGCAAGAAUUCACAUUUUGUUGGCAUAAUUGGAUAAAAAUCAUUGUCCGUCCAAUAUCAGCGAUUUUAAUAAUAGAUGUUCAGAAUGAUUUCAUCUGCGGCACUCUGGAUAUACGUAAUUGUCCAGCAAAACAAAACGCCGAAGAAAUUCUUCAGCCCAUUAACAAUAUUUUGGAAACUAUCGAAUUUGAUGCUAUCUUCUAUUCUUAUGAUUGGCACCCUAGCGAUCAUGUUUCUUUUAUUGACAAUAUAAAUCUUAGAAAAUUACAUCAGAGCAGUCCAAUAACGGAUCCUGAGAAGGUUCAACUAUAUGAUAGUGUUGUGUUUGAAGGAGAUCCUCCGAUCACUCAAAGAAUGUGGCCUAGGCACUGUGUGCAGAAUACGUGGGGAAGUGAGUUACAUAAGGACCUAAAGGUAGCUGAAAAUGCUAUCAAAAUAUAUAAAGGCACAAAUCCUGAAGUAGAUUCGUAUUCGGCGUUUUGGGAUAAUUCAAAAUUGACAGACACCAAACUAGCUGAACAACUUAAAGUUAGAAACAUCACAGACGUAUAUGUAUGCGGCGUAGCGUAUGACGUGUGUGUAGGUGCAACUGCAAUAGAUGCCAUUUCAAGUGGAUUCCGCACAAUUCUCCUUGAUGACUGCUGCAGAGGAGUUGAUCUUCUUGAUAUUGAAAAAACUAAAAAUACUGUGAUAAAAAACCAUGGAAUCGUUGUUAACUCGGAGCGAGUCAAAAAUAUGGUAGAAGGAAACGAUAGAAGACCUGAGUUGGGUUACAAAUUAGCUUUAAAUUUAAAAGAACAACAAAAAUAGAUGUAGUAGUUACGUGAAUUUAUUAUAGUUAAAUGUAUUUAUUGUAUAUCUGUUGUAAUACAAUGUGAACAUCAUUCAUUGAAUGCGAGAUUUUAAAAAAAUAAACCGCUAAAUUUUAGAUUUAUACACACAUAUGUCUUCGGAUAGAUGAUACUACUCCUGUAAGAGAUUGAAUUUUCUCGAUUCCAAUUUCUAUUUUUUGAGGUUAAGUCUUACUUGGAAAAAGACUAAUGCUUACAAAAGUUUUGAAAGAUCAAAUAUAUCUCGGAAAUUUUCUCAAUAGUAAGUGUCUUUUUUAGGGCAAAUAUGGUAAAAACUUAUUGGAAAAAGUUGAUUAGAUUCAAUAUCUAGACCAAUAUAUCAAUAAACUCCAAAUUAAGUUGUCAAAUUCAAUUUCCGAGUUACAUUAUUGUUAUAAAAAAGUCCGUUUCAUUUAUUACUACUGGGUUAAUAAGUUGAAAAUCCUGUAUUAAAUGUUAGUCUCCACUAAUUCUAAUUCCCCUCCAACUCGUAUAUCCGCGCAUUUUCAAAACGUUUUCGUAAUUGAGAAACUAUUUGUUUUAUCCUUCCCCAUGCAAAAAAUCCAUCAUUGAUCUAGGCAUCCAACAUGUCACAUCUAUUAUCUCUAACCAUUCUCACCAAUUUGAUUAUUGUUUAAGCAAUCUGUAAUCUUUUGUGUAGAAUGAGCAAGGUAUUAUCUUAAGAAUAUGAAUACACAAAUAACUAGAUUUAUAGUAGAUCUGCUGAAUGUAUCAACCUAAGUAAGAACAAUCUACGAAUACUAACAGUAGUUCUAUCGGGACACUGUCGCCUCAACAAACACCUGAAGACGCUAGACCUAGCAGAUAAUGCGGCGUGCAGGUUUUGUUGCACAGAGGACGGAACCUCUAUCCACAUUCUCUCGGAGUCUGGUAAUUAAUGCCAUCUCACAUUCUAACCUUUUUUUAAAAGAAGAGGGAUUAACAGAUCAGUUGUAAACACUGGGUUCUCCAGUAUUGCAUCAAGAAAGGGGUACACAAUAGUUCUUUUGGGUCGCAGUUUAUACGAGACCCAAAAUCUAUAUAUACAUAUAAAACUAGAUUUAUAUCAAAUUAAAAUAAAAUCUAAAUAUAUAAACACACACGAAAAGUAUAAUAUUUAUGGAUAUUACUCUUUAAAAUGUACAGGGUGUCAAACAAAAGGUGAUUAUUGACUUUUGUAUUAUACAGAGUGUUCCAAUUCUUCAUCAAUUUUGGAAUUUUGAAUGGAACCCUACAUUUUAUUGCACUUUUUGAUUUAGUGGUAAAGAGAAAUAUUUUUUUCAAGAUACCGAUCUAUUUGAUUUCCGUGCGGCUUAGGAAAUAUUUGAAUUUUUAUUGGAAAAUCAUUAUAAUUGAAAACACGAAAUAAAAAUGAGCCUGGCAUCAUUUGCAAAAUCAAAUUCCAAUGAUUUUCGAGUCUAGAUGUGUAUUUUUUUACUGUAUGAGUUUCAAAUUGUGUAAAGAACAUUCAAAAAAGUUUAUUAUAUAUAGAACGCGUAUAAAAAUAAGAAUCAUAUACCUAUACAUAAUAAUUGUGGAAUUAUUUGUGUUUAUCUCAUUUUUUCGCCGAUUCUUUAUUGGAAAUUAUGUAAUACGCUGAGUAUUGCAUUUUUAAAUAAAACUAAAUAGAAAAUGUUCAUCAAAAACAGAAAGCUACAAAAAUAUCGUACCCUUAAAGAAAUAUUUUUAUUAGAAAUAGUUCAAAGAAAUAUUCUAUUUACAUCUCGAGAAACAUAAGGUAUGAGUAUGUAGAAAAUUAAUGAAAUAUACUCAAUUAAAAUAACAGAAUCAUAUUUAACGUCCGGAAUUUCACAAAUUGUUUUCUUUGUAUUCCAUAUUUUCUGCAAUGCCUUCAUGUUUCGGAUUGUCUCUCAUACUGUACCAUUUUUCAUUGAGAUAAUUGAUUUCCUCUCGAAUAAUAAAAGUUCAGUCCUAAGAUAAUAUGGAAGACGUUUUUCCAAUACUAGAAUUCCAGGCAAAAAAAUAUUUACAUGCAUUAUAAAAAACUUGACAGAACAUGGGGUCUUGAAGAAUAAAGAACAUAACAGACCAAUCGGGGAAUUUUACAAAUAUCAUAAUUUUCAACAAAAUUCAAAUAACCUUAACUAAUUCCCAAACCGUGCGAAUAUCAAAUAGGUCGACCGUAUGAAAGUAACCUCUUUUUUAUCUCUAAAUCCAUAAACGCAAUAAGAUUUAGGGUGUUGCAUUUAAAAUUCCAAAGUUGAUGUUGAUAUUGAAGAAUCUGGACGCCCUGAAUAAUCAAAAAAUCCAUAAAUUGAAAAUUCUUUCAAAUACAAAGAACUUUUUUGAUUAAAGUUUUUUGAUAAAUCUUACAGGUUUUGAGAAAAGUAUAUGGGUCACCUUAUGUUUUAUACUCUGUACUGCGAGAAUUCUUAUAUGUGAUAAAUACGGCAAACCUUAAAUAUGUAAUAAUUUGUAUAAAAAAUUAGUAUCAACAUUAAACCAGUGUGUAAAAUACUCAAAAGAAAAAAUAAUAUUAUAAUACAAGUCGUUAAGAGCGUAGAAGGCAUUUUUUCCUUCAAUUUCUUGGGAAAUUCGGGCAAAGAUGUUAUCGAUUACAUUUCAAUUGGCAAAUUAUUUUUCGUAUGGUACAAUAUUGAGUCCUCAACUAAUUCUAAGCGUGGAGCAGGUAGAUAAAAAUCGUGCUCCACUUUCCUGAGUAGAUAGCUGCGCAAUGACCUAUCGAAAAUAAGAAAAAACGUUCUUACAGAUUAGUUAAACGUAUUAAAAUAUGAUUAGGGAAGAGUCAAUAUUUCGAGACUUCUAAAGUUGGAAGAAACGAGUCGAACAUUUGAAAGAAGCUCGUUAAUAAAUCUGUAGUAUGUUGAUUCACCGUUCCUUCUGUGUACUUUGUUUUUCCAGGGCAAUCUUUGUUAGAAAUAUUAGUUUUUGAUUUGGGAGAAAAACAUAAAAAAUAAUCGUUGGUCUAAUAAACAUGCGCUUAUAUAAAGUUAUAUAAACCGAUUGGUUAGUGACGAUUUAUAUUAACCAAUUCAUUUGUUGUCAACAAGAAAUUUUAUAAAUUACGCUAAUCAACUUAUUUCUUAGUGCUCUAUUUUCAAUUUUACCAGAAAUUCAAUUGAUUAUGACUUGCUCUUUAUUUGCAAUUUCUACUAUCAUAUCGUUUAAAGAUGUCAAAAAAUUUAACUGUUAUGUGACUUCGUAUAAUGGGUAAAGAUGUAUUAAAUAGAUAUAGUAUCAUCCGUCUUGUAUCAAUAUUCAUGUUAAUAAUCACUUAUAGAACGGGUGGGAUCGGACCAGUGAUUGUCCGCGAUUUUCCGAUUCCUACCUUUUGGAAAAAUCGUUAGGUUUCCAUAUACAUUUUUCUGAAAAAAUGAGAAUUACUUGACAAAAACAUGGGUCCUACUGCGAUUUUUUGGUUUCUGCCAUGUUCAUAGAACAAUAUUUUACAUCAAUCCACAUAUUUUUGGAAUUAAUCUUUUUUGGAAACAUUAAAAACAAAUAUUAAAGACUAGGAAAUUUUUAUGAACUCAAAAUUGAUGAUAAAAUAUCGGUCAAAAGAUUUGGCAGGAAUCAGGAAAUCGCUGUAGGAUACACUUAGUUUUGGAAAAUCUCAUUUUUCCAGAAAAAUGUCAAUGAAAACUCAAUAAGUUUUUCACGAAUCAUAAGUAAUUUCUUUACUCUUUCACAAAAGGCAUUAAUUAAAAAAUCUCGGACCAUUUUCAGUCCAACCCCUCCCGGUAUAUUACUGUUGCUUACAAAGUUGGUAAAGACUUCCCUAUAUAUAGUUGAAAAGUUAUAAAUUUCUUACAAUUUAUUAUGUAGUACCGGAGACAAUUAGAAUGUAAAUUCUAUUGUAUUGCAUUGUAUUUUUUUAUGAAAUAUCAAAAUACCUUAGUGAAACAUUUUCAGACAUUGUUCCAUCUGUUCCAUGAACUUUAAGAUUCCUAUUAAGAAUAUUGAAUGCGUGCAUCGAGCGCACGGCGCAUCGAGCGCACAUUUUCAGGUAUAAAGACGGUAUUUCUGCAUUUAGCUCGAAUUGUUUAUUAUAUGUAAAUAUAAAUAAAAGAAGAAAAAUUAUAAAAGAGUUAACAACAGUAACAAAAAGUUAUAACUUUCUCAUCAAUGCGAUAUAGUCAUCGUCAAACAAAUUAUAAAGGGGAUUUUAUAUUACACUCUUGACUGUGUAAACUCGACAUACUCUACAGGUACCUCUGGGGAUAUUCAAAUACUCGGAUAAUUCGUACAAAUUGGUAUUAAAAUCAUCUGUUACAAUUAAAACAUGAAGGAGUGUUUUAUAUUCAAUAUUUUAUUUAUUGUUUAGCAUACAGAGAGUAAACAGGAAAAUCGUGAACAUAUUGAUGCGCAGAUAUAUUAUAUAUAUUAAUAUUCUUGCUUCUUGGAUAUUGUUGUUUUGUCAUUUUUCUUUUUAAAUAAUUCCUUACAAUGGAAGUAAUAUCAGGUUUUUGAAGGAAAACCUUAACUGAUAUUAGAUGGACAAUAUUACCAAAUUGGACGUAAAUCUGAAGAGUUUAUUUACUGGAGGUGUGUUCAGGAAAGAAGAAGCAAGUGUAAAGGUUCAAUUAAAACAACUGCAGUCUAAUACGAUGUACUACAAGCAACGCCUCAUCAGUGUAUUCCAGAUGUAGCUAACCUUCAAUUCGACAGAUCAAAUUUUGUUGUGCGCUCGUCGAACGAUCUUUCGAAUUCGAUACAGUUAGUGUGCGCUAGAUACCCGAAAUGUUUUCUAAAUGUGCCUGUGCGCUCGAUGCACGUGCGCUCCUCGCACCCCACCAAGAAUAUUAAAUAGUUUGAUGUAGUAUCUAUGAUUUAUGUACCAAUAAAGAAUAUGCCUAAA